AAAGGGAGGAACCGAGGAAGUAGUAAAUUGGCCAAAAGGUUUCUUAUGUCUGAGUUAUGCCUUAUCUUAGUUCGGCGGCCAUUGGAGACGGGUGUACUAGAGGAUGAGGGAUUUCAACAUCAAUUGAAAUGGAGCCAUUUUUUCCGAUGAUAAGUAUAACUAAUACACACCCUAUUUCUUUCUUUCAGUAACCACCAUUACACUUAUUUUCCCUCUCCUACAGUCCAACUCUUUCUCUCUCUAAACCCCUCCUUUCCUGAACAAAUUGAGCACUGGUUUGAACUGAAAUUUGUUUAUUUCCCUCUCUUACCUCCCCUUUUCGGUAAACCUUGAAUCUUUUUUUGCAAAACCCUUUGAAAGAAUUGUUUUUGAGUAGUUCUGGGCAUAGCUGUUUGAUGAAAUAACUCUUAAUUUAAGUACAUGAAACCUUAAAAUUAGUGGGUGGGCAUGUUUCCAGCUGAUCAUGCUAACUUGUGGAUAACUUAGGCUAAGAUGGUGUGUCCAAUAAAUUGCCAUUACAAUUGUUUUAUAAGAGAUAGUAGAUGGAGUUAUUACGAUGCAAUGUCAAGGGUGAAACCUCGAUCUCCACUAUUAAUUCAUGUACAUGACAAGCAUUAUGGAGCUGUCUUGGGAAGAUUAUGCACAAGGUUUCGUUUACAAGGUCCACUAAUGCAGGAGCAACAUCUACCUGUUCAGCCUUCAGUAACUGCUUUGUCAAGAGAUCAAGAAGAUAUAGUGGAAUUCUUUGAGAGUGAAAAGCCCUUUUUAGAUGAUCUUAUAGUUACCAAUGGAUACUAUUAUAAAAGCCAAGACACCGAGUGUUUGACUGACGAGGGUGGCACCUUUUCGCAAAGGAACCAACUUGUAGAAGAGCCCUGGCUGUUGCAGCCAUGUGGUAAUUUUGACUAUGACAAAAAUAAUUUUCCUCAUGUUCAUUCAAAGAAUUUAGAUGAAGAUUCAAAAUCUCGUCCGAGUGUCUAUUCUGAGCUGCAAUCAUCUACAAAUGAUCGUAGAUAUGGUUCCAAUUCUUUCAUCGAAAGUGAAAAAAUAUAUAAUCAUGUUGAUGGAGACUUCAGUUCUACCUGGUCUUUCUCAGAAAGAGAUCAUCCUGUUGAAGAUCCCUGGCUGCUAUAUCCCGUUGUCAUUCCUUCCAAAACUAGUGCGAGUUCAGCUGAUGGAGCUCCCAUCAGCAGGGAGCGUUCUCAUGUAGACAAAACACACCUUCUAGAGCUUCAAGAACAACACCAUCAAAUAUCAGAAAAACUGCUUUCUGGAACAGAGAGUAAUCUCCUUCCACCGUCAGCUUCAGUUUCUACUGAGAUAUUAAUAAACUGCUCUAUUUGUACAAUGCAAAGAAUAGCUGUGCUUGAAGACAGGAAUCUAGUCGAGCUAUUAUUGGAGCCAGUCAAAAGUAAUGUGCAAUGUGAUAGUGUUUACCUGGGGGUUGUCACAAAGCUUGUUCCUCAUAUGGGUGGUGCAUUUGUUAAUAUAGGGAGCUCUAGACCGUCCCUUAUGGACAUAAAGCAUAAUAAGGAACCUUUUAUAUUUCCAGUAUUUGGUGGUUCUUCAAUUGAAAACGAUGAAACUUGCUUUCCAUCAUUUGUGCUUGAAAAGAACUUGGAUGUUACUAAGCUUAAACAGGCAUUCCUAGAAGGGGAUGAUGAACUAUCUGAUGAUGAUGCAGAGGUCGAUUUCGAGGACGAUGAACUCGAGGAACAUGAAAAUGAAGAUUACAUGGAUCUCGAAGAAGUCAAAACAGGAAAUCUGACUGGGGUCAAUAUUAAUGAAACUGGACAAAAUCUUGAGGGCUUUCCGUAUCAGUUGAAUGGGAAUGGGAGCCAUUCAAAAGUUCAAACUGAUUCCCAUCUUGCGCAAAGGCGUACAAGUACUAACAACAUUUACAAUGCUGAAGAAAAAUGGGCUCUUGUUCGUAAAGGCACCAAGAUAUUAGUACAAGUUGUGAAAGAGGGAUUAGGUACAAAAGGUCCCACAUUGACUGCUUAUCCAAAGCUCAGAAGCAGAUUCUGGGUAUUGAUCACUCGGUGCAAUAGUAUUGGAGUAUCCAAGAAAAUUUCUGGAGUCGAACGCACACGCUUGAGAGUCAUUGCAAAAUCUUUGCAGCCCCGCGGUUUUGGUGUUACCAUCAGAACUGUUGCUGCUGGUCACUCUAUGGAAGAAUUGCGAAAGGACUUGGAAGGGUUGCUGUCUACCUGGAGAAAUAUCGUUGAGCAUGCAAAAUCUGCAGCACUUGCAGCCGAUGAAGGUGUUGAAGGGGCUGUACCUGUGAUUCUGCACCAAGCAAUGGGGCAGACACUAUCUGUCGUCCAGGAUUAUUUCAACGAGAAGGUUAAGAGAAUGGUAGUUGACUCCCCAAGGACAUACCAUGAGGUGACCAAUUAUUUGCAAGAUAUUGCCCCAGAGCUUUGUGAUCGGGUUGAAUUGCACAGGAAAAAUGUUCCAUUAUUUGAUGAUUUCAACAUUGAAGAAGAGAUCAAUAACAUUCUCAAUAAAAGAGUUGCUCUUCCAAAUGGAGGCUCUUUGGUGAUUGAACAAACUGAAGCGUUAGUCUCUAUUGAUGUAAAUGGAGGACAUGGAAUGUUUGGUCAAGGUGCCUCACAAGAGAAAGCUAUUCUUGAUGUCAACCUUGCAGCUGCGAAACAGAUUGCCAGGGAAUUGCGGCUAAGGGAUAUUGGUGGAAUUAUCGUGGUAGAUUUUAUUGAUAUGAUGGAUGAAUCAAAUAAAAGAUUAGUCUAUGAAGAAGUCAAGAAGGCAGUUGAGAGGGAUCGCUCCAUGGUCAAAGUCUCGGAAUUAUCCAAGCACGGAUUAAUGGAGAUCACCAGAAAGAGAGUACGUCCAAGUGUGACAUUUAUGAUAAGUGAACCAUGCAUUUGCUGCCAUGGUACCGGCAGAGUGGAAGCUCUAGAGACAUCCUUCUCAAAAAUUGAGCAUGAAAUUUGUCGCUUGCUAGCAACACUGGACCAGAAAGCAGAUCCUGAAAAUCCGAAGUCUUGGCCAAGAUUGUUGCUCAGAGUUGAUAGUUACAUGUGUGACUACUUGACCUCUGGGAAGAAGACUAGACUUGCAACUUUGAGCAGUUCUCUGAAAGUCUGGAUUCUUUUAAAGGUUGCAAGGAAUUUUACAAGGGGUGGAUUUGAAGUGAGAUUGUUAGGUGAUGAAAAGGAAAACGAUAAUCAGCAACAAUUUGGCAUGGCCACUUUACCAUCUGAAACCGAGAUUUCAUUAGUAUCCACCAAAAGAACCAAGCUGUUCCCUGUUAAGAGAUGGAAGACAGGAAGAAAAGUCUAAUCACAUUUCGAUUUCAUCAAUGUUUUUCCUUGUCAUGAGUGGAAAAUUCUAAAGGCUUUGGAUUCAUUCGAAGAUAAAUGAAUAAUCAACGAUGAACGAGAAUCGGAGAAUAAUGACUUGAAGAUUUUUUACGGAGUCGAAUUGAGGCUGGCUGGUUGAACAUCCAUUUCAAUUGCGCGGAAAAAAUCCAACAAACUCAAAGCGAAGAAUUUCUCUUCUUGCUUUUGUUUGGCCUUCAGCGUUUACAUGGAGCUUUAGCUGAUUUUUAUGAGAUUUGGAGUGCAGAUUCUGGAUCAAAUUUAGCUUCAAUUUUGUGAUUAGUUGAAUGUAGUGAACCAUGCACAGGAUGGCUGGCCAAGAUUUUGUUACUUGUAAAUCAUUGGGGUUUUAUAGGAAAUGCUAUUUUAUAUUGCCUCUA